AACACCAACUUGAUCAAAUUUGAACUUCAUCCUCUCUAAACUCUUGAUCUUAGGAAAAAAGAACAGAUGGAGCCCAGUGGAGUGUCAGGAUUGUAUAACUAUUGCCCUUCAAACCCAUCUCCAUACCCAUCUCAAAUGACAAGUUUGAUGCAGGAUCAAUCUCCGGCAUUCAACUUCACUAGACUCUCCAAUUCACUGUACAACUUCCAAUUCCAUCCCCAAGUCCAAGAGCUCAACGGCAUCGGCAACGCACAGGCCUCAUGCCUCAGUAACAACUCGACCUCGGACGAGUCCGAGGAGCAGCAGCUGAGCAUCAUCAACGAGCGGAGGCAGAGGAGGAUGAUAUCAAACCGGGAGUCGGCGCGGCGGUCCCGGAUGAGGAAGCAGAAGCACCUCGACGAGCUGUGGUCGCAGGUCGUCUGGCUCCGGCACGAGAACCACCAGCUCGUAGACAAGCUCAACCAGGCCUCAGAGGACCACGACAGGGUCCUCCAGGAGAAUGUCCAGCUCAAGGAGGAGGCCUCCGAGCUCCGCCAGAUGCUCACCGACAUGAGGCUGAGCAGCCCCAUCUCGGUGCUGAGGGACCUCGAUGAGGUCCCGUGCAACGCUGCUUAUCUCAGAGCUGAACCGUCAAGCCACUCCAUCGCGAGUUCCAUGGACUUGCUAGGCUAGAUACGGCCACAAGCAUGUGAGAUCAUAAAAAAUCGAAAAAAAAAACUUAGAGAGAAAGAACCGCUUCCGAUCCUUCUUGUGGAAAGUGUUGUGCCUGUGUCUUCACCUACCUCUUCUGGAGCUCCAUGUAUGAGUCUUACUGAAUUGACAAUAACAUUCGCUUGAGCAUUAUCAUCUAA